AUGGCGGACGAUAUGGACGUGUUCGCAGCCAUGGGAAUCUCUGGGUUUGGCAAAGCCACUCAGAAGCGAGAGUUGGACCCCUCGCGGUUCGACAAGAAUAAGCGUUCAGAGGCUGCUCCUACCAAGGACUCGAAGCCAAGCGCACCUGUUGCCGGCCCCUCAUCUUUGAGUAGGCAGCCUGAGGUGGCCGCGGAAGAUGACGACGACGAAGAGCAGGGUCCCAUGCCUCUUCCGAAGCCACAAUCAGACGAAGAACCCGAAUAUGACCCAUCUGAAGAGGAGGAUGAAUCUCCUACGUUCCCUACAACACACGAAAUCAUCCUCAAGGAUCAUACGAAGGUCGUCUCAGCGCUCGCCCUUGAUCCUUCUGGUGCGAGACUCAUAUCGGGCUCCUAUGACUACGACUGCAAAUUAUGGGACUUUGGCGGUAUGGAUAUGCGCUGCAAGCCGUUCAAGAGUUGGGAACCUGCUGGAACAUACUACGUCAACGAUCUCAAGUUUUCCAAUGAUGGGACCAAGUUCUUGUGCAUCUCUGGGACGACGCAGGCUAGAUUAUUUGACAGGGAGGGUGAAGAACAAACUGCUUUCGUCAAGGGCGACCCGUAUAUUCGCGACAUGAAGAACACAUCAGGACAUGUGGGCGAACUGACGUCGUGCGCUUGGCAUCCCAAGGAUCCCAAGUUAUUUAUCACGAGUUCAGCUGAUUCUACCAUCAGGAUAUGGGAUGUGGAGAACAAGCGGAAGCAGAAGACCGUCAUCGUCGUCAAAUCCAAGGAAAGAGGCGCAAGGACGAAGGUAACAGCUUGCAAUUAUUCGCCUGACGGGAGUCUUAUCGGCGGUGCGUGUCUGGAUGGAGCAUUACACAUGUGGCAAACAAGCUCGAAUUUUGUGAGGCCCAAUAUGACGAUCGAGAAUGCGCACGUCAAAGGAACGGAGACGGGAUCGUUGGUGUUCUCGGUGGACAAGCAGACUGUGCUUACCCGAGGCGGUGAUGAUACCGUGAAAUUGUGGGAUCUCCGUGCUUUCAAAAAGCCCCUGGCUGUGCAUUCUGGGCUGACCACCCUAUAUCCGACCACUAAUGCCGUAUUCAGUCCGGACGACAAGUUUGUUAUCACGGGGGCGGGAUCAAGCUCGAAAGGCGGUCAAGGGAGGUUGGUAUUCUUGAAGAAAGAUAACCUGGAGGAGGUUAAAUCGCUCGCGGUGGAUGCAACGCCCGUGAAAAUCGUGACAGGUCUUUCAAAUGGCCAAAUUGUCGUACUCUACUCGCCGGUUACAUCCCUAAACGGCGCGAAGCUGAUUCUGAGCAAAGGCCCAGCCAGAAAGCUCGCAAUCGAAGAUAUGUCUGAUGCGCUGGCAGCGCCGCACAUUCUCACUCCGCAUGCAUUGCCCAUGUUUCGUGACAUGGAUUAUGGACGAGGGACGAAGAGAAAACGAGACAAGGACAGGAUGGACCCGAGGAAGAGCAGGAGACCCGAACUGCCCGUCACAGGGCCAGGGAAAGGAGGAAGGGUUGGCGCGAGUGCUACGCAGCAUGUUGUGCAGAACCUGGUCCGAGACACGACAAGAGACGUGGAUCCUCGCGAAGCGCUCCUCAAGUACGCAGAAACCGCUGACAAGGAUCCGCAAUGGACAGCAGGUGGGUUCUUUAAUCUCCUUUCACAGAGUCGCAGUGUUUCUGGCAUGGUUGAGAGGCCGGCAUGGCACGUGCCGAGACAACUUUGUAUUUCGUGGAAGACGACGCAGCCAAAGCCGGUGUUCUCGACGGAGAGCAUGGAGGAGGAGACAGAGCAGAAGUAA